ACAUUUGUCCCUCGGUGGCACCCGUACACUGACGGUAAAGACAGACGUGUAUCUUACUGGCACCUAAACGUCAAACAGGAAGCGUCCUACCGAACAACCUCACCGUUAACGCACCGCCGCUCGAUCGCAACGACGAUUUACUGAUGAAUUUAAAAGAUGUCCGCCGAAUUAACGUUGUACUUAGACAAUCAUCAGCAAUAUCCUGCGACGGAUGACGAGACGGGCACCAUGUCCAUCGACCACGGAGGAGAGUGGGAUAUCAGCCUGUUUGAUGAACUGGACGACCUGGGAGAUGCGGAUGAGCUCUUCCAGGCCCUGCUGCACGCUGGCUGUGCCAGUGGGGCUCCAGACCUGGACUUUGAUAUCGACAUGCCGCAAUGGAACGAUGUGGACGCGAGCAGCACCUGCACAGAUGGCGAGGUGAGCGUGGACUCUCUGUCACCUGCCUACACUCUGAGCUCUGUCCCCUCUCCUGCCUCAUAUGAAGCCCCGUCCCCCUACUUCUAUAAGGACGAGGCGCUGUCUCCACAAUCGCAGCCGUCUCCUGUCUCCGUCUGCUCAGAUUCCAGUGGGCUGUCGGUAGUCUCUCCCCCAGCUAAGAAGGCUCCAAAGAGGACCAACCAGAACGCCCGAGCCAGACAAGCUCAGCCUGUCAAGAGGCCGAUUCAGAUUGGCCCGAAGGUUUCCAUCCAGCCGAAACCGCUGAUCACAGCGGUGCCCCUGGCUCAUGCUGCGGCCCCCCUGCAGGCGAAGACCAUCAUUAUCCAGCCCCUACAGACUGCUGUGCUGCCUGUGGUCAAACAGGCCCCAAUCAACAUCCAACCAGCGCCCCCACCAGGCCGUCCCAUAGUGCUGUCUCAUCCCAGCCAGGUGCUGCACAUCCAAGCACCACAGGCUGUCGCCGCCAACGUGGUCGCCAUGCCGAUGCUCAGCCAGGACCGGCCCGUCCCCGUCGCCGCUCCACCGGGGGUCUCCGUCACGCUGCGAGCCCCGUCCUCGGAUGAUGACUCGAAGGUGUCCCAGAGGCAGCAGCGCAUGAUAAAGAACCGCGAGUCGGCAUCCCAGUCCCGGAAAAAGAAGAAGGACUACCUGCUCUCGCUGGAGGCCCGACUGAAUAUGGCCUUGUCCGAGAACGAGUCGCUCAAGAGUGAGAACGGCCAGCUGAGGAAGCAGCUGGAGGGCAUGCUGAGCGAGAACACAAUGCUGAAGGUCACCGCCCCCAAGAGGAGAGCCGUGUGUCUCAUGGUGGUGGUGAUGUUCGUCAUGAUCAACGUUGGACCAAUGAGUCUGUUCCAGGGCGGCCCGGCCUCCAAGCUGGGAGGCGUCUCCGUGCCGCAGGGCGGCCGACACCUGUUGGGUUUCUCCCCGGAGACAGAAAGUGAGGUCGCGAUGGGCCCCGAUCGCCUCCGCGGGGGCCCCUCUGACAUGGCUGACAGCUCCGAGGACAAGUCCCUGAUGGUGCUGAAGGACCCCCUCUUCCUCAGACCACCCCCCCCCUGCCAGCCUCCCGUCAACAGGACAAAGUGCUUGGAGCUGGCCCAUGAGUUGAGGGGCUGGGUCCACCGUCAUGAAGUGCACCAGACCAAAUCCAGGCGCAUGAGUAACGGCAGUCACAAACCCACGAGGACCAUCCUGAAAGCGGAGAAAGGGGAGAGUGCCCAGAUUGUGACGGUCCAAUACACAGAAACUGCCGAGGAAAAGAAUCCUGGGAGUGAGCUCCAGGUAUACUACGCACCCCAUCACACCUACAGUGACUUCUUUGACGAGAUCAAUCGCCGCGGCGACACGUUCUACGUAGUGUCUUUCCGCAGGGAUCAUCUUCUACUUCCUGCCACCAGCCACAACAAAGGAAGUCGACCCAAGAUGUCCUUGGUGUUGCCAGCCAUGAAUAUAAACGACAGCAUCAUCAGGGACAAAGACUACGAGGUGAUGAUGCAGAUCGACUGCGAAGUAACGGACACCCGGAUCAUCCACAUCAGGUCCUCCACCAUCCCACCGUUGCUGCGGGUCAACCGCACGCAGACGGUCUACCGGCACGCCUCGACCGAGAGCCAGGCCCCGCCCCCUGUCGGCGUGCUGAUGGGGUCCGCUUGAUUGGCUCGACGCCGCCUGUUAUAAUGUAUAUCUCCUUAACUAAAUCCACAGUGACAAACAGAAGAUAAGACCUCAGUGCACACUUUUUUUUUUUUUAGGCACGUGUGAAGUAUAUUUCAAAUCGGGUGAAUUCCCUCUUGCUCAAUUUUAUAUUUGAGUAACAAUCUCAAAGCGGCAGCUCCAGUCAGCUGCGUUCUUUAUUAGGGCCGAUGUCCGGAGGUAGUCUGUAAAAGGGUCCCUGCAGACGGUUGCUCCUUGUGUGGCAACACUGACUUCUCCACACAACCCCAGAUGCCCCACAUAAGGGUAAUUGCUUAACGCCGGGGGGGGCUGAGCAUUGAACCCUGAGUCACCCCGUCAUAACACAAAUACUUUCGCCCCCUAGUAGCUCUCAAGUCUGCUCUUUCUUUUUUUGAAAGAAAAUGUUGUGUCGGGGCAACAGGACUGAGCGUUGUAAUGGUCUCUCUUACUCAUUUGAAGUCUGUUGGCAUCUCUGAAUGAAAAUAAUUGCGAAAAAACAGCGAAACAGCGUGAGAUGCCAGAUUAAUUGGACGCAUAAGUUAGAGGCCUUCGGUAAAAUCAGGAAUCCAUGUGAUCUGUGAGCGCCAGCAGGCUGCCACCGUGUUGUUGGCGGGUUUCCAUCAUUCUAGGAUUCAGGUGCGCUGUUUUUCCCCCAGUUUUUGGGGUCGUUGCACUGUGUUUCUCUUAUUUUACUGAACAGAUUCAGAAACUGUAUAUAUUUAUUGAUAUUAUGAUGUUACAGUAAAGCCAACUUCUGCGAUCCAAUUCACCCUUUUAAAAAAAUGUAUUCUGUCAACAUUUGACAUGUUCUCUAUCUAUGAUUUAUACUUUUUAUUAUCGUUGCUUCAGAAAACAAAAGGACUGUAUUGUUUUAUAAAAUGUCAAACCGUGAAUUGAAUUUUUUUUUAUUGAAGUUUUGUAGUUCAAGAAACAAUUUUGAACCCAAUGCCUUUUACAGUUGAGUUAAACAAGGCAAUGACGUCUCCGCCCACAAGCUAUAUCACUUUUAUUUGGUGUACUUGAGUCUAUUAAAUUGAAACCCACUAGAACCUGUUGCGUUAUCUGAUUUCUAGUGCUAAUUUGUGGUAAAGAUGUGCACUAUAAAUGCAGCUUUAACUGCCUGUUUUUUAGCAAAAUUGAUAUUAUAUUAAAAAAACAAUACAUGAUCAAUACAUGUACUUUUUAUACGUUGAUAAAGCAACAUACUAUAUAAUAGUAAAGAUGGUUAUGUUUAGCAAAUGCCCUUUAAAAAAAACUAGUUGUGUUUUCUUCUAUCGGCAGAAGAAAACAAGUUGUGUAGUGUCAUUUCCUUUUUUCACAUUUUGGUUUCAAAAGCGUAUUUCAAUGCAUCCACUUAGUCCUACAAUGACAAAUGUUUGAGUUUUGUUGUGUUGUUGCAUAAACCAAAAUAAACACUGGAUUUUACUAUA